AUGGAUUGUUCGCUGGAGUAUCUAGCAGAUCUUGUCAAGGAGAAAAAAGAUCUAGAGAUGUUUGUGGAUAACUUUCAACACGUUGAACGUCUCCUUAAUGAGGUUGAUGUGCGCGGAGCGCUGUUUCAAACAGAAUUUGUCACCGAACCUUUCGAUUUGCCAGAGCCUAUCGGAGAUGUAGUUACUAUCACAGAGAAAAUCUAUGUUCCCAAAAGAGAAUAUCCAGAUUAUAACUUCGUUGGUCGGAUUCUUGGACCCCGUGGUAUGACUGCGAAACAACUGGAGCAAGAAACUGGUUGCAAAAUUAUGGUUAGAGGCAAAGGAUCGAUGCGUGAUAAACGAAAGGAGGAAGCAAACCGAGGUAAACCGAACUGGGAACACCUGGACGAUGAACUGCAUGUGCUCUUACAGUGUGAAGACACCGAGAACAGAGCGAGAAUAAAGCUGCGCGCGGCUAUGGACCAUGUGAAGAAACUCCUUGUUCCGGCGCCUGAGGGAACAGACGAACUCAAAAGAAAGCAGCUCAUGGAGUUAGCCAUUAUAAAUGGAACCUACAGACCUUUUCACAAAUCUGGACUAUCCAACUCGAAUAGAAUCAUAACCCCUGUACCGCUCGUCUCUCCUAUCCGCGCUCCUAUUUUCGUUUCACCUACAAGCAGUCCUAACAAUGGAGUGGUACAGAAACCUUCGAAUCCAGGAUAUAUUGGAGCAAACUCACAGCAGCCGUUUGACUACUCUUCAUUCAUGAAUUCGAAUUUCCUCGAGUCUGCACUGGCAUCUUUUCAAAUUGCUAACGAGCUGCAUCUCCCUACAUUUCCAACGGCCACCUCAUUAGUAAACUCCUUCCCAUCGCUUUUUAUGAACACAAAUUCUGCAAAUUCCGUUACCACACAGGAUACUUCUACUUCAGCUCCAGCUCUCAGCCCAACCAAGUGUUUC